CCAAAAAAAACCCUUGGCUUUUCAAAUACUGGCUGCAGUCAUAAACAAACAAAAAUGAUCAAAGCGGAAAGCAAAGUAGGCGAGAGGACCCUGCGGAGUGCGUCUCCUCACAGAAAUGCAUACAAGUCUGACUUCCAUGCCAUCAAAUGCACCUUUGAUGGGCCAAAAUCCGAGGGUGAUGCCAAAUCAUACACCAAUGGCUCCAGUGACACUCGGGAAGACUCGAGGGGGAGGCCUUUUGGGACCAGAGUGAACAAGAUAAAGAACAUAUUCCUGCAGAUGGAUGGACAGCAACAAGAGUGUCAAGAAGCAAAAGUGAAUGUAAAGUCUGAUGUGCCUAAUGUGCCUCAUGUGUCUCCACCGAAGCAGCAACUUCCAGUCAGCACUCACAGAGUCAAUACUGCCACAAGCCCUGAAACUCACAUUUUAGAUAAAACACCCAAGGGGGAGGAUGCUGAAAUUGAUAAAGUGACGUUGGCAGAAAAGUUUUCUGUGACCAGAAAACUUUUUGAAAGGGGCAUCAAAGAACAGCCUACUACAGAAAAGCAGUCACCAAACAGGGUAGUGAAUCGUUUGUCCUUUGGAAGUACUUCUGAUGAGGGGAAAAGCACACGGAGAGUAUCAGGAUCCUCUGAGGCCGCCAUCAAAGUAGAGCAAACUACCACAUCAGCAGUUAAUUGUCGACCAGAUGAGAAGGUGGAUGGUGAGAAAAAGCAUGUGUCCAGAUCAUCACUGAAUGCAGGACCAAUGUCCAAGAGGUUGGAGAAUUACAUGGCGGAGAAUGACUCAGAAGAUAACAGCCCAGCUGCUACAAAAGGGGUGAUGGUGUCUACUAAACACCACUCUGGCACUGAACAUUUACCGCCUACCUCUCCAACAAGAAACAGCUUGCAUAAACCUACGUCUUCUGUCAAAGAAGCCACUAACUCUUUACUUGUUACUAGUACCACUAACAAAAAUACAUUCCAAAUGACAAGUGUCAUUAACAAACAGUCAACCUCUGGGUCUAAUAGUGGGCCCAAACCAACAAUCCCAGUUACUAAUGUACCUAACAAGUCUGUUUCUCCAUCAACUGAUGCCUCUCACAAACCCCUUUCACCAGAACCUAUAACUCCAAUUAGCCCUGGCUACAAGCGUUCCUCGUCAUCCAGUGAUGGAUUUAGCAGGGCAUCUGUUGGCGGGGAUGAUUGUAAGCCACAUAGUCCACCCCCAAGGGAUGUGAAGCAGCCUCCUCCUUCAGCUAGUGGCUUUCAGAACACAGACAGGGCCCUGUCCUCUGAAAAACCCAAGAGUAAUGACCGCAUGGUACAUAUUUCCACCAGGGAGAAGCCAUCCAGCCAGGACUCAUCAUUGGACUCCAGGGGAGUGGGCAUGGUACGGGCAGAAUUAGUAGUAGUAGUUCAGAAUGAAUCUUCAGAGAGCGAGGAUGAGAAUGUUGAAGAUAAUGUGUUUGAGGAAGAGAAGUUGCAAAAUCUUGCAGACUUACCAACAGAGCUGAAAAGAACCUUUGCACCAGAAGUACAAAACUGUCAUGCUUCUCAUCAGGUCACAUUAAGAGAUGUGGCUAAAGAGACACAUAAGUUAGCAGAGACAAUUGGUGAAGGAAGACUCCUCGAGGAAGAAGAGGACAGUCAUGAUGGUGUAGUUUUGAGUCAAGAUGGUGAGGAUCAUCCUGAGGAAGAUGAAGAAGUACCAGAGGAGGAGAGUGAACUGGAGGAGCAAGAGAAAGGACAGGAUCGAGCCUCUCCAGUGGUGUAUGGCAUUGAGAAUGCAGCCUUUGUGGAUGACAGGGAUGUAGACCAGGUCCUUAGAGAAGAGGACGAAGAUGAAGAGGAGGAGGCAGAUCAAAUGUAUAUGGAGUAUGAUGACUACUACGAAGCCCCCGGUCUUUCAGAUGAGGAGGAGCCUCCCUUAAAGAGGAAAAUCAAUUUCUCGACUGAACCAAUUGUGGUCUUCAGUACCUUCUCCAAUGAGGAGUAUGAUCGAAGAAAUGAUGAUGUGGACCCAGUCGCAGCUUCUGCAGAGUAUGAGCUGGAGAAGAGAGUGGAGAAAAUGGAUGUGUUCCCUGUGGAGAUUGAGAAAGGAGACAAUGGGCUUGGUAUCAGUAUCAUAGGAAUGGGAGUGGGAGCUGACCAGGGUCUGGAGAAACUUGGCAUUUUUGUGAAAACCAUUACAGAGCAAGGAGCAGCUGAGAAAGAUGGACGCAUACAGGUGAAUGACCAGAUAGUGGAGGUGGAUGGUAUCAGUCUAGUGGGUGUUACCCAACUAUUUGCUGCAACAGUCCUGAAGAACACCAAAGGCACAGUGAGGUUCAUGAUUGGACGAGAGAAGCCGGGGACACAGAGCGAGGUUGCACGCCUCAUAAGUGAGACACUUGAGCAGGAGAAGAAUCAGCAGGAGCAGCAACACUUGGAUGAUCCCUAUGAGCAUUCCACAGAGGAGGAGGAGCGCUAUGAAGACCAGGAUGGAGAGGAUGAAAGGAUUUUGGGCUCCAAUUUCUCCCCAGGGCGAAACGUAGAGGUGUUUGACCUGCCUGAUUCAGAGGCCUUGUUUAUGCCAGCAAACAUGGACAGCUCUCAGAUGGGCCUCAAGUUCAAGGAGAUGCAGCUUAAACAAAGCAUUGCCACAGCUGAAAUAAAUAAACUUAAGGAAAAGCUCAGGGCAUCGGAGGAGGACAGAUCUUUGUUUGAAGCCAGGGAGUCUGCACUGGAGCAAAAGAUUGAGGAUAGCACUGACAAAAUCCUGAAGCUGGAGAGUUACUGGCUGGAAGCCCAGGCUCUGUGUAAGAAUGUGAAUGAACAAUUAACUGAGACUCAGUCUCAGUAUGAGAUCCUGGACAAGAAGUACAACAAGGCCAAGAAACUACUCAAGGAUUACCAGCAGAAAGAGAUAGACUUUGUGAAGAAAGAGGAGGAGCUGAAGAAGAAUUUAGAUGAAAAAGACAAGUGGUACAAGGAGCAGCUGGAGACUUUAAAGAACAGGAUAGCCGUGCUGGAGUCCAGAGGAACCUUUGGUGCAGAGCAUCAGAGUGGUCAGGACUCUGCUGCAGAGGAGAGACUCAGCAGCCAAGGCUCGUUCACCUACACACAGUCUGUUGACUCACUGCUAGAACAAAAUUGGGGGGAAUUGGUCCCUGAAACUGAACGCUUGGACACCAGUGCGCUCAGAGCUAAAGGCUUGCUGGCUCAGAAAGCCAAGCGUCAGCCUCCAUCACGGACCAAACUGAAGGAGAACUUUGCAGGGGCUUCAAGUCACUCUCAGGAAACUGAAGAAGAGGACGAGCAGGAGGAACGGGAACCACCCAGGAGGAGGAGGAGUUCUAUCCAGGAGAGCCUGUCCCUCCCAGUGACCGUCUGCUAUCAUGGAAAUGAACAGAGAGAUAAGCCAAGUGAAGCCAGAGAUGGAUCCGGAAGUAAGGUGGAGCUCUACAGCAGCCCGUCUCUGUCACCAUCACAGGGCGACAGCAUUGAAAGCAGUGGAAGUCCUUCUAUGUCUCCUCCAAAAGAUGCUUCCUCGCCACAUUCCCCCUCUGGAUUCAUGCGCAACGUCAAGAAGAGAGAGUCCAAAGGAAAGGGCAAAGAGACAAAAGAUGAGUUAAAUGAACCUUCACCAGCAGGAAAAGCUAAAAGACGGUUUCCAGACUUCGGUGGCCUUCGGAAGUCGGGUGGGAAAGGAAAAAAACAUGAAAAAGAGGCGAUGAGAGCAUCUUUGGACAGCAGGGGUUCAGCGGAGUUAUUGGAGGAGUCCGGAGGGAACGUGUCUCCUGCAGAAUCAAUGACCACCAUUCCUACCUGUAUGCCAUUCACCUGGUUUGGAGACAAGGAGAGGGACAGGGAACCCUCCUCUUCUAGCAGCAGCCUGCCGUACACUGCUAAUGAGACCAGCGGUGAGCACAGCCAUGAUCGCAAGAACAAGACAAAUCUCUCCUGGUCCUCUUUAUUCAGUCGCUCAUUAGAUUUGAGUUUUUCAGUCAUAGAUGAUUCUAACGCUGCCAGUCCCAGUUCAGACCUCUCUGGGUUAGUUGCUGAACCCAAUCUGUCUGGGCGCUCACACACUUUAAUCUUCUCUUCCAGCGAGACUUUGGAUGAUGAACCAGUGUCUACAGGGAAAGAGUAUCAGUGGCAGAAUCGUCCUGUGUCUGAAUGGACCAACCAGCAGGUGUGUCACUGGUUGAUGGGCAUGAAUAUGGACCAGUACACACCUGAAUUCACUGCUAAGGGAGUGGACGGCCUGCAGCUCCUGCAUUUGGAUAGUGACAAAUUGAAGGCACUUGGUGUGUCGAGUCAAAGCGACCGUUCGACUAUCAAGAAAAAGCUGAAGGACAUGCGCAAGGCUCAGGAGAAGCUGGAGAAACAGAGAGAGAAAAAAGAGAAGGAGAUUCGACGCAGUGGUAAACUACCAGUUAGUACUGACUCGGUCUGCUGAGCUAGCAUGUUUGUACUAGCAUGACUUUUAUCACCACACAGAACUCAAAGGACCUUUUUUUACAUAUAUAUAUAUACACAGAUAGUGUCAUGUGCUCUCCACGUCACAUGAUGUCAACGCCAACAAGGCUGACUGAGGUGCCAGUAGUGAGUUAUGUUGUUAAUGUAGCUCCUGUUUCUUUUCUCAUCAUCGUUUUCUCCCAGAUGUUGAAAAAACUUAAACCACUUAAAUCAAAUCAAUGUCACAAAAUUUGGCUAUGAGACAAUUUUACCACUAAAAAAUAAAGCUGGAAGCUAAAAUAUGAUAUAGUUGUCGCGGAUAAUGCACACAUAUAAAAUGAAAUGUAUACUGCUUUUUAUGCAUUUUUAUAUUUUUGCUAGCAUGACGUGCACGUUUCCUUGUACACCUCCUCUGCAGGAACCGUCAUUGUACAGUUCAGAUAAAAGCACUAUAUUUGUCUUUUAAGCUUCAAUGGGCGACAAGGUUUUAAAUGUAUAAAGAUGUUUUAUACAUGUGCCUACUUACUGCAUAUCUUCGUUUUUUUACUUAAAUAUCAUUGCUUAUUUUAUACUAUCAGGAUUUUUCUACUAAGUAGAAUAGCUAAGCAGUUUUUUGCUGAAAGGAAAGCAAGAACUAAAUCAAUUAGGGACAAAGUGAAUGCUGCUUCUGCUGUCCCUGACUCUGAGUGUCACCGAGAUGGUACCAUGAAGAUCUGUGUCAAAACACACACCUCGCUGGUCCAUUCGAUGGUGAGAUGAGCCUAUGACAAGGACUUUUGUGAGUCGGGAGCACACCUUCCUCAUGUAUGAAUGUGAGGCUGAAUGAAGAGUGUUUUUUUCUUUUCUUCUUCUAAAGCAUCGACUCCACCAACUUGUUGGACUGUAAGAAAAUUGUUUUCCACAUCUUCUGAAAUGGAGAAACAUUUCUUGGUACAUACAGCUUCAAUAAACUAAUUUUCACGUCA